GUUUUUAUAUAAAAAAAAAUAUGUAUGCAUGCGCUAGAGAGGUGUGAUGGAAAAUUUUGCUAAUUUGUUUUUAUUUUUGGUUAUUGUGAGAAAAUGAACUAUUUUUCCUUUAAGUAUCUAUCAUAUAAUUAUACGGCAACACUUCAGAACAAGCGUGCUUGAAAUAAAAACAAAAAUAGUGCACCACAUAUCCUCAGUCGAGUUUUUAUACAUUACCUAAAUUCUACAAAAUAAUUCAAAUAAUUAUUUAACAUUAUGGGAGCGAAGAAAAAACCAAAAACCGCCGAGAGUAAUGCUCACCUGAAUAAGACAACUAAAAACCUUAAAUUUAAACGCAAAGCGAGGGAAAUGAUGGAGCAACACCGGAAGCAAGCGAUGUUGGAAAAAUCGUACAGAGAGAAGGAGGAAAUCAAAAUAGAUGAAGCUGAAGGCAAAAUAUUUGAAUUCAUAAAGGAUGAGGAAGAUAAUGCCGAACAAAAUACCUUCAACGAACUUAUGGACACACUCUCCACAAAAGAACAAAGUCAUAUACUCGCCGAUGAUUCCCUUGAUGACAAUACGGAUGAUGAAUUAUCAGUUGUUUCUGAAGCAAACAAUGCCGAGGAGGUUGUAGCUGAAGAAGACGCUACAGAAGAAGUUGAGGAAUUAGAAGCAAUAGAAUCCAAUGACACGUUUGCGCUGCAUUUUGAAUUCGAUUUGCCGCUUGAAAGUGUAGAUAACUUAUGGACUGCACAAGGGGAAGUUAAGAGAAGCAUACUUACUUGGCCACAAUUGGGUACACUAAAAAUGCAAAUACCACAAUUUGAAUGUGAAGAACUUUCUAAAAGUGAACUUAAUUGGAAUACCAAUUACAAAUUACUUAGCACGGAACAUUUAAAUACAAUGAAUAUUAGGACAGCUGUACUAGACAAUUUUACAAAAGAAAUCACACCUUUGCAGUCAGAAGUUUUUCAAAUACUCAAUCGCUAUAAUGAUUUCUGUCAUCCCAAUAUGCAAAGGGACAAGUUGAAUGAAUUACGUUUAUGUUACAGUGCGCACAUUUUGAAUCAUAUGCUUAAGACUCGUAAUCGCAUACUAAAACAUAAUAUGAAAUUGGCAGCUACACCAAAUAUUGUGACCAUACCGGACAGUUAUCGAGAUCAAGGAUUGGCGCGACCCAAAGUACUUGUCAUUUUGCCAUUCAGGAAAUGUGCCUAUCAAAUUGUGACAAAUAUGGGGCGGCUAUUGUACGGAAAAAAUAUGGUGUCAAAAUUAAUGAACUUUACGCGUUUCACUGAUGAAUAUACGGGCGAUAGCUUGCGUUUUCCGCAAAACAAGCCGAAGCCAGAAGAUUACGUAGAAACAUUUAAAGGCAAUAUAGAUGACAAUUUUAAAAUUGGCAUCUCUAUAACCAAGAAGAACUUAAAACUCUACACGGAUUUCAAUGCAUCCGAUAUUAUAAUUGCAUCGCCACUAGGCCUGCGCUUGGGCAUAGCAUCAAACAGCAAAGAGGCAGGCGCCUUUGAUUUUUUAAAUUCCAUCGAACUUCUGAUAUUGGACAAGACGGAAAUGUUUUUAGCACAGAAUUGGGAAAAUCUACUGCAUGUAAUAGAUCACUUGCACCUGCAGCCACAAUCUUUAAGCAAUGUUAAUUUACAACGUGUACGCCCAUGGUGUUUGAAUGGCUUAUGCCGUUUUUAUCGACAAACAGUGGUGCUCUCGUCGCAUGAGCUACCCGAAAUACGUUCACUUUUCUUCAAUAAAUGCUUUAACUACUGUGGCAAAGUGUCUGUUUCGAAUCCGAUUCUGCAAGGUGACAUCAGCAAUGUCUUUGUUACCACACCACAAAUAUUUCAUUUAAUUGAUACUACAAGUUUGGACUCUGUUUUCGAUACACGUUUCCGUUAUUUCGUCAAAGAAAUAUUACCACGCUAUAGAAAGCCUUCGUUUGCGCAUUGUAUGAUAUAUGUACCCAGUUACUUUGAUUAUGUUCGCUUGCGUAACUAUUUGAAAGCCGAAUCUAUAAGUUUUGCACAAAUUUGUGAAUAUACCAAAAGGGAGAAGGUGGCGCGUGCGCGAGAUAUGUUCUAUCACAGCGGCGUGCACUUUUUACAAUACUCCGAACGAUAUCAUUUCUAUCAGCGUACACGUAUAAAGGGUAUACGACAUUUAAUUAUGUAUCAGCCUCCAAUGUGGCCACAGUUGUAUUCAGAGAUGGUCAAUAUGAUGAAUGAAAGCAAUCAGAAUUCGGCAGAUGGCUUAGACGAUUCGAUGAGUAUAACUGUAAUGUAUACAAAAUAUGAUCUAAUACAGUUAAAUGCAAUUCUGGGUACAGAAUCGGCUGCAGAAUUACAAAAUUCCAAUAAAACUAUACAUAGUUUUACAAUUAAAUAGCAAAUUAAUACAUAUACUAAAUUAUUGUAAAUAUAGCAAUACAAUGCGAACAAGAAA